CCCUCCCCUGUCACAUGGUUCCGCCCAGGCCGCCCGCUGCUCCCCAACGCAGAGCGAACGUGCGGGCGGCGGCGGCGGCUCCGGAACCAUUCGCUCCCCUCCCCCGCCAGCCUCUUAGGAGCUUCCAGGACCAUGAGUGACGGGGACAAGAACCCGGCCAGCACCCCGACGCCGCUGGCCGACGUGCAGGGGGACGGGCGCUGGCUGGCGCUGCACCAUCGCUUCAUCGCAGACAGCAAGGACAAGGAGCCCGAGGUCGUGUUCAUCGGGGACGCCCUGGUGCAGCUGCUCCAGCAGUUUGAGAUCUGGCGUGAGCUCUUCUCCCCGCUGCACGCGCUCAACUUCGGCAUUGGGGGCGACGGGACGCAGCACGUGCUGUGGCGGCUGCAGGAGGGCGAGCUGCAGCACAUCCGGCCCAAGAUCGUGGUCGUCUGGGUGGGCACCAAUAACCACGGGCACACGGCCGAGCAGGUGGUGGGCGGCAUUGAGGCCAUUGUCCGCCUCCUGCAGCAGCAGCAGCCCCAGGCGCGCGUGGUGGUGCUGGGCCUGCUGCCCCGGGGCCAGGGCCCCAACCCGCUGCGGGAGAGGAACCGGCGGGUGAACGAGCUGCUGGAGGCCCGGCUGCCGCGGCUGCCCAACACCUGCUUCCUGGAUGCCGACCCCGGCUUCGUGCACUCGGACGGCGCCAUCAGCCACCACGACAUGUACGAUUACCUGCACCUGAGCCGGCACGGCUACGCCCGCCUGUGCCCGCGGCUGCACGCGCUGCUGCUGCGCCUGCUGGGAGAGUGCCACCGGGCCGGGCCCUGAGCCGCCGCCGCCACGGGGGGGGCCAGCGGGCCGGGCCCUGAGCCGCCGCCACCACGGCAGGGGCCAGCGGGCCGGGCCCUGAGCCGCCGCCGCCACGGGGGCGUAACUGGGCCAAGCCCUGAGCCACCACCACGCCAGGCCCUGAGUUGUUGCUGCCACUGGGGGGGGGUGGCACUGCAUCACCGUGCAGGGCCGUGAGCCACCACUGUCCCUCCCCCCACAGCCCACCGCGCUCAGCCAUGGCCCCCCCAUCACUGCACCACCACAACCAUCCCACUCGGGCACGCGACUGCCCAGGAACCCUUGCACCGCACGGGCAUUAAACGCAGAUUUGCUGUC